UGUGUCACCAGACAUUCACAGUUGGAGCUUCAACAUUCGGAUAAGCUCUUUGAGAGCAGAAUUUGGGUUUAUUUGGUUCUUUUCUGUAUUCUUCAUGCCGAGAGCAGUCCUUGGCACAUAAUAGGGGCCUGAUAAAUAGAUACUUGUUGAAUGACUAAAUGAAUGUGUGGGAUUGAAUCCCGGAGGAGAGCGCAGAAGCGGAGAUAGAAAAUCAGGGACAACGUGUGCCUGCAGCAGUGCACACAGAGUUCCGCCUGGGCUGAGAAUAGAAGCCAGGGGAUGGGGGCAGAUUGGCAUUUAAGGAGGAAUUAGUGAAGGAGCACCAGAAACCGUAAAUAAAUAGGAUUUUUUUUUUUUAUGGGCUAACUGCAUGCCAAGCACUGUGCUGAUUUCCUUAAAGAAAACUCACGGGGACAUCCUCCAGUCACCUCGACCCUUUCUCUUUUUGAGGCCCAGGCUCAAUGAGGGGCUGCAUUUGCUGAGUGAGCAGCAUCUUUGAAGCAAGUGCCUUCACUUCCUUUUUAACUGAGAAAUCCAGGGCUCAAGAGGUUUAGUCUUUAGCCUGAAGCCACACAGCUGGUGAGUGGCACUGCUGGUACUUGAACCUUGACCUCUGCGGCUCCAGAGGCUGCACUCUCAGCUGCUCCACCAUGUGACCCCUCCCACAAGGGGCUGUUGGAGAAGAGAAACCAGGUCAGGGUGUUGUGGAGGGUGAGGAGGAAAGAAUGGGAAAGAGAAUUUCUGCAAGAGAAGGGGCUUCUGAAGAUGCUGGUGUCUUUGGCAUCAGACUCCCUCGGUGGCCUUCCUGGGCUGGUGACUACGAGACCCAGUCAAGGUGGGUGUUUGUCUACGAGAAGGGUUACCAGACCUCGAGCGGCCUCAUCAGCAGUGUGUCUGUUAAACUCAAAGGUCUGGCUGUGACACAGCUCCCAAGCCUGGGCCCCCAGGUCUGGGAUGUGGCCGACUAUGUCUUCCCAGCACAGGGGGACAGCUCCUUUGUGGUCAUGACCAAUUUUAUCGCCACCCCCCGGCAGGCUCAAGGUCACUGUGCAGAGAACCCGGAAGGGGGCACAUGCACGAAUAAUAGCGGCUGCACCCCGGGAAAGGCAGAAAGGAAGGCUCAAGGCAUCCGCACGGGCAAGUGCGUGGCCUUCAACGACACCAUGCAGACCUGUGAGAUCUUCGGCUGGUGCCCUGUGGAGGUGGACGACAAUAUCCCAUGCCCUGCCCUUCUCCAAGAGGCCGAGAACUUCACUCUCUUCAUCAAGAACAGCAUCAGCUUUCCACGCUUCAAGGUCACCAGGCGCAACCUGGUGGAGGAGGUGGACGCCCGCUACAUGAAGACCUGCCUCUAUCACAAGACCUUGCACCCUCUGUGUCCCGUCUUCAAGCUCGGCUACGUGGUUCAGGAGUCAGGCCAGAAUUUCAGCACCUUGGCCGAAAAGGGUGGGGUGGUGGGCAUCACCAUCGACUGGCACUGUGACCUGGACUGGCACGUGCGGCACUGCAAACCCGUCUACGAGUUCCAUGGGCUGUACCAGGAGAAAAAGCUGUCUCAAGGCUUCAACUUCAGGUUUGCCAGGCACUUCGUGGAGAAUGGGACCAACUACCGGCACCUCUUCAAGGUGUUUGGGAUUCGCUUUGACAUCCUGGUGGACGGCAAGGCUGGGAAGUUUGACAUCAUUCCCACAAUGACCACCAUCGGCUCUGGGAUCGGCAUCUUCGGGGUGGCCACGGUUCUCUGUGACCUCCUUCUGCUCCACAUCCUGCCUAAGAGGCACUACUACAAGCAGAAGAAGUUCAAGUACGCGGAGGACAUGGGGCCAGGGCCGGGAGAGCGUGACCCCGCAGCCACCGGCUCCACCCUGGUUCUGCAGGAGAACAUGAAGACAUCCUGACCUCCAUCCUCAGCUCCUACUGGAUGCAGCAGGAGGGGAGCCCUGCUCCCUGGGGAGCUGGUGGGGUCCCAGCCAGGGCAGAGGGGUCCCCCUGCCAGGGCGGAAGGGUCUCCCCAGGAGCUCUCCCACCUUUUCAGCCAGGCAGACACCAAGUUGCCGGAAGCUCACAAUUCUGGGCUCCAGCUCCAACUCUGCAACCCUCCCAAGGAAGCCUUCCCCAGCCUCAGCCACUCCUGGCCCCAAGCUUUGUGCCUGUCCCUCUGGGCCUUCAUCCAUCCAUCCUGCUCCCUCGGGUCUCCAGACCUCUGCUCCCCCCAGUGGCAGCCACUAGCUGUGGGUGAUUAUUUAAAUUUAAAUUAAUUAAGAUUAAAUAAAAUUAAAACUAGUUCCUCCAACUAGCCACAUUACAACUGGUAAAUACACAUGUGGCUAGCAGUUGCCCUACUGAACCACAAGAAAUGUUUGCAGCAUCGCAGAGAGUUCUGUUGGAUGGCUAACCUUGAACCCUGUUUCCUACUGGCCCCAGAUCUCCCUGGGAUGCUUGUCAACAGUGCUGGCGCUUGGGAAUUCCCUGGUGGCCCCAUGGUUAGGAUUUUCACCUCCAAUGGCCAGGGCACGAUCCCCUGGUUAGGGAGCUAGGAUCCCACAAGCCAUGAGGCCAAAAACAAAAAAAGAAAUCAAAAAACAGUGCCGGAAUCUGGGCACACCCCAGAUCUCCUGAACCAGAAUUCCCCGGGCUGGUCACACGGUCUCCGAGGAUAGCAUAACCCUUCAGGACCUAAGUUUUAGAACUGCUUCCUUGCAGCCAGCAUCACCUGGCAGGUGCAGGCCUUUAGCAGGUGGGUAGUGUGCUCACAAGCCACACAGUGUCUCAUGCACACACACACACACAUGCACUUACCCACAUACACACCCUCCUCCCAUCCACACUGUGUAUUUGAACAGCUUGGGCCCUGCAAACACAACCAUCUGAACACACCUACACCCCCAGGCACAGACUCAUGGUCCACGCCUCGUCGCCUCCAGGGGGAUGUGUUAUCCUCAAGCGUGUGAGGCCAGGACGGCCCUUCUUAGUGAUGGAUCCUUACUCAGCUACCUCUGGUCAGGGUGGGAGCCUCAGCCAAACCCUGGGCUCUCUGCCUGUGACCCAGCCCCGGAUCCCGAGGCCUGCCCAGCUCUGUUAACACAAGGUCUGAGAAAUCAAGGGGUGGAGGAUAAUAAAAGGAAUGGUGAAUGAGUUCAAA